UUGUGCGAUUGUUUGUUUUUAGGAAUGAUAUAAAUGAUUUUGGCAAGUAUCAGUCGGUAUGUUUUAAUUUAAUAUCUCGAAGAAUUUACAUAAAAAGCAUGAAAGCUUGUCACUACAUUCGUACUCAUCGAAUGUAAAGUGAUAAUUCUUGAAAUUGUGCUCCUCUUUCAAAUUUUUAAGUAAUAUGAACAGUUAUCGGUAAUGUCAUGUUUGUAUUAACAAAAGAUUUUUAAAAAAUCGUUUAAAAACAUUCAUUACGUACUGUUUGUAGUGCUGUUGAUUUCUGGGCCCUGGUUAUGAAUAUUUAAAAAAUGUUUACCGUUUCCAAGAACAACAGAAUGGUAAUUUAAAAAUGUACCGGAAUCGUAAAGUCAUCACAUAUGAAAACAAUACAUUUAGUCGUCGUGUUAUGUUUUUAAUCGGUCUCGGUUACAAACGUUCCCGCGGGCCUCUGCAGAUGUUAAUAAACUAAAAAAAACGUGUAUUAUCCCUACAAUGGUGUUCCUUUGUUAGUCUGUCUUCUCUAAAGGCAUUACGUACAUAAUUAUAUAUGCAGUCCGUUAUGUUAUUUUUAAGAUUUCUUUCACGAGAAUGCUUUUGUUUAUUACAUACAGUGUCUUGCGUUACUCACUUAUGUGUCAGAAUUCACGUGUCGUGAAUAUAUACAUGUAUGUAAUUUACAAUGACCCGUAACUUUUGAAUAUGGCGAUAGGAUACGAGUGAGGUUUUGAAUGCACACUUAUUCGGUUUAAACUCCUCAGUGGUACGUUUGCCACAAGCCGCUUCAAGGCGGUGCCCCGCUUUCUUCCAUUACUUUUUGUUUGUUCUUGAUCUCUAAUAGUUUUAUUUUGUCUAAGUAUGUUGUGUAAUUUUCAAUUUUUUUAUACAUACUUACAUACACCGCUGUAGUGUAUCGUUUUGGAGAGGCUGCAUUUCGGAGCGCGGCUCUUUCCUAUUUGAUCUAUAUCAUGUAUAUGUGAUGUAUGGUAUCUGAAAUAUGCCACGAAUUGUCGCCAUCGCUCUCAAUUGUUUAUGCAGAAAAUGAUAAUUUGGUCAAAAUAUGACUUGAAUAUUAUUUACCUUAUAGAGAUAGCAUUGCUAUAAUUGAAUAAAUAUGUGAGUGGCGGGGAACACGUAUACUAAAAUAUGUAUACUUUUGAAUUGUAUUAAUGUAAUAGAAUUCUGCGUAUCUUUUUAUUUGCAUUUACUUUGUGUUUUGUAACGUUUAUUUUCGUAUAAAGAGUAUUAGUGCAAUAAUGGCAAAAGGCGCCCUUGGCGUCAUUCACCAAAACAUACAACAAUGGCAUCGUUCGAAAAACAAAAUCUUUCCAGUUUGGCAUUCAUAUUUAAAAAGAAAACUAAGUUAUAGCUAAAACUCAUUUUCUGAGAGUAAAGAUUAAAUAUGAACCGACAUGACUGUGAUUUAUCAUUGCAUUCAAUGAUAGUUUAAAUUAAAUUCUAAUAUGCUUGUCUUUGUUAAAACACUCUUAUGCUAGAAUAACGUCGCGUUAACGUGCGGUGACGUCAAAGUUUUUGUUGCGACCAAGAAAGAGCGCUUCUAAAUUUUAUGUACUGUUUUAAAUGAAGUGCAUAUUAGAAUCGAAAUAAUUUAAAGCAAAAUAUUUAUACACUCGGGCGAUAAUACGUCGUACAAAUAAUUUCACUCGGGCUGUGUCCUCGUGAAAUUAUUACGCCCGACGUAUAACCGCCCAUCGUGCAUAAAUAGUGUUAAACACUCUGUUGCUAUAAAUUAUUUCUUAAAUAAGGUACUGUAUUUUAUCGGAAGAUGAAUUACAAUUAAUCUUGGACGGGUCUUUUUGUUGACAUUUAUUUUGAUUGUCAGAUGCUCCUUGAAAGAAAACAAUUACUCUUUAUAGCAAGAUACUUGUAAGAAUGUAAAUAUAUAUAAGGAUUGUGCUUUUACACUGGUAUUAACCACAUUGGGACUUCUUGUAAAUUAUCCAACAAUUGCUAGGGCGAGUCAGAUCUUUAAUCCUUAUGUACACUCAUUAACAUAUGUUUGAAAAAGAUGACGGUAAUCAGGAAACAAAUGUCUUCAGAGAAUUUUACCUGAAAUAUUCUCAGAACCCGCCUAAGAUUAAGUAGAUACACAAUUUGACAUGUAUAUUGCUAAACAGAAUGAGGGUUGCUUCGCCUACACCAAUUUGCUGUGAAUAUCCUUAUGCCAUCUCGUGCACUACAAAAACUUUUGCGUUUGUUGGUCUUCUUGUCCGUGGAAUAAAUUACCGUAUUUGUACAUACAGAUUACUCCAUCUUCAAAUUGGCUCGUUAAUUCACAAAGGACAUGGACAGCAGGUUAUAUUAUUGGAAACAAGGUGGAUUGGGCCUAUUUCGAAUUAUUCAUUAACGUAAUAACCCUUAUCAUGUUGGACACGACUGAUUCAGCCUUUGCGGCCAGUGUACAUCUUGAACAGUCUGAUCAAGAUAUGCACUGUUCGCUAUUAAGUCAGUACCUGUUUGUUAAGUACCCCUUUUAACAGUAAAUGGUUCUGUCCAAAUUGAAAGAAGAACAAGUUCAUUAUAGAAAUUUAGAAGGGUAAAGGUUAAACGCUGUAAUGACGAAACAUUCUCGUUAUCAAAGUUUUUUGAGCCGAUACGAUAAUUCCAUAGAUAAGUGAUAUAUAAUAAUAUCACUACAUUUAUAUAUUGCAAGUGAAUACAUAAAAUUAAGGCACACGUUCAACCUUAUAAACAGGGUGUAAACACGUUAAUUAAAUACAAUGAUUAAUGAUUGACGGGAUAAAAACGUAAAUGAUUAACGAUCGACGGCAAUCGUCCCUAAUACAGAUAUCAAAGAAAAUGACAGAAAUAUGUACAUUGCUUAUCUGAUUAUUUAAAAGCGCGAUAUAACUUAACUCAUCAAGACAUUAUUAAUUGUUGAAAGUUAAUAACUAUAAUAAACUCUGUACAUAUUUCAUUUUAAUUUCAUUGAUAAAUGAUAUUUGAUAUUAUGGCCACGCACGAAUAAUUACAUGCAAAAACGAGCUUUUAUACCUGGAUACAAUUUAUUCAGAUGAAAAGCGUAUUUUGUGUGAAAUUAUAACAUAUGAAUCGAUACUUGAACUAUAUAAUUUAUCUCUUCAUAUUUUUAACAACUCUUUGCAUCAUAAUUUACGCACAAUUAAUCUACAGCGCAGACUCUUUUAUACACUAUUGGGACCGUUUUAUUUAAUUUUCAACUAUGUUAAUACAUGCCACGCCCCCUAUUUGACAGCCGUUAUUUCAACAAGACUCAAGUGUCUUGAACCCGCCCAUGUAUUUGAUUAUUACCCGUUGUCAUGGGACGUUAUCUUAACUCUCGGGGCCACGCGCCGGGUCGAUAAGGGCAAUGAUGAUGUUACCUGGGGAAACGCACGCGCCAAAGAAUUUUCUCAUUGGCUUAACAUUUUUGUGUCACGUGCCGGGUAGAAUUAUGAAAACGGUAUAAAAGCAAGCAAAUAUUGCUAUUUUCUUCAAGAAAAUAAGCGGGAUGGAAUACAAAUAUACACGCUGAGAAUUCAUAAGAAAUUACGUUUGUUUUUAUUUACUGACUUGAAAAGAUUUAAAAUGUUAGAAAAUCUAGAGUUCGAUUAUUUUAUAGACGAUUAUUUAGAUGAUUUGUCGGAAUCAUCAUUUUCAAACACAGAUGAUGAAAUAUCAAAUUCAUCUGCGGACUUUACAAAUUUUGGUACAUACGUUUUUCAACCUGACAGUUUAGGAAAAUGCAAGAGAAGUAGAAAAAAGAACUAUCAGCAUCAGUUACAACAAAGACACGCCGCCAAUCUCAGAGAAAGAAGACGUAUGCAGUCAAUCAAUGAAGCGUUUGAAGGUUUAAGAUCACAUAUACCUACACUGCCAUAUGAGAAAAGACUGUCUAAAGUAGACACUCUAAGACUUGCAAUAGGUUACAUAAGUUUUCUGGCAGAUAUGGUAAAUUCUAGUGACUCAACCGAUGAUCCAUUCCGGAAUACACUAGAGAAUUCAAGAAAAGUGAUAAUACAUUGCCAUACUGGUUUUGGCGAGAACCCUUUUGAUACUUCAACACUAGUUGGACACUCAUUAUCUUGGAAAAGUGAGAAAUUGUCACGAGUAGGACCGGACAACAAAAUGCACGCGAAAAUUUGGCGCCCAGAAGACCCGUGCACAUCACGUGAUCAGCAAAAAGACAAUAAUAACUGUGAUAAAAAUAUUGAAAAUGAACUUUCAGGAGAGAAAAUCGAACAUAUAGAGACACAAGAAGUAAAAAUAACAGGCUAGGAAUGUAGUGUUCCUUGGCAUUGGUUGUUGACAAUCACAUUGUUUUACUAUUUAUGAUAGCAAAAAUUCAACAAGUGCAGUAAGCUGUUUGAAAUGUGUAGUUUAUAUUACACCCAAGUACAUUAUACGUAUGGUUAUAAAAAGCAUAUUAUGAUAUUAUAUGCCUGUUAUCCUUACUAAGAGAUGAAGCAUUUUAGUUGUUUGAUGAAAGAUGUUUUCGAAUCGAAUCUCUAUCACAAUAAUAACAAAUUGCUAGAUUGUUGGAUGAAAAAUCAUUGAAGCCUUUGUGUGUCAUUUCUGAAAAACAAUUACUUUUAUCCUUUUCACACGUGAAUUGUAUUACUUAUCAAAAUCAUUUGAUGAAACUAAAAACUUACGUCUACGUUCCGAAUAAUGAGUUUUGUAUAGGUUUUGUUUACAUAUUACAAGUCUGACUACCAUAUUCUCACUGAAAACAGCCUUGCUAAAUGUUGUAACAACUAAAAUUACGUAUCUUUAAUAUAUGUCAUUGUGUUAAGAAAUUGUAUUCAUUUAACUAAAUUAUACACAAACUUGUUUUUCAAAUAUUCAAAAUAUGUUUCCAUGUGAGACGGCUUUGCUUUCUUAGGUUCGGAAAAUAAUGUUUCAUGGGAAUGUUGUUUUUUUUUGCAUUAUCUUAGCAAUGUUUUUACACUACUUCUAGUCCAGUUUGUGCUAAUAACGUACCAAAAGUGUUCUAAGCUGCUUUCCUAUUAUUACUUCAUUAUUUAUGUUACUAUCGUUUUUAUAACGAUGUUGACUAUGUUUAAGAACUUGUUAAUAAACUCUAAAAUGAA